AUGAAUUCCCUCAAAGUUGUGAAAAUCGAGAUCUCAACGAAGCGGAAUCCAGUUCAAAUCCCACCAAGACGUUUUCCAAUCACCAAAGCAAUAUAUACGGAGAAAUCAAAAAAGAAGGCGACGUGUGAUGUCGGAAAGGACAUCAAUUUGAAGAGAGUGGUGUUAGUGGUUUUGGAAGGCAAGCCGGAGAUUUGGAAACACGCCGCACGUGCUGAAUAUAGUGCAUGGGAGAGUGUUGGGAUCGAGGUGUACGAACGGACGGAACAAAUUGUUUCAGUUCUCAGCCUCCGUCGGGUAUUCACCCUUUGUAAAUCAAGCGUGAAAAGGAAGCUUCGUAUCUCCAUUCUGAAUCAAAACUUGGAUACCGUCCAAACUGAAACUGCUAUGUGGAGCCUCCCCUACUACGGGGAGUUCAAGUACUAUCGGGAAACACUGAAAAAUUUCGAGAACAAGCUUCGAGACCGAGUAUUCAACGAGAAGUUUCCGCCUGCCACAGACGAUGAAAUUCAAUUUAUUGGAUUCGGGUCACUUGAAGAGUGCGAAGACUCCGACGACGAAAACUACGAAGGUGUUCCCAGACACGCAGAGGAAGAAACGGAGAUGGAUUCGAGCAAUGAUUUUGAAGUUGGAGAACAGAGUCAGGAACAUCAGUAUCAGGAUGACGGAGUAGUAAAUUACUAUGCUCAGAGUUAUCGUGAACAUGGAAUGAUGGAAGAGGUGGUCAACGAUCAGCCAGUGGUUGGAAGAUACGAGGAGAUUGGUGGUUCUUUGGACGCGGAACAGGAUCAACAUCAUGGCUAUGAGAUGGAAGAGGUGGUCAACGACAUAUCGGUGGUUGGUAGAUAUGAGGAGAUUGACGGCUCUUUGAACGAUGAACAACAGAAUCAACAUCAACGCUAUGAGUACGCUGAAGCUCUCUACCACCAAGAUCAACCUGGUCCCUCUUCACGAGCCAUGCCCGUCGACCACGACGCCCUCGCCAUUCGAAACUGCAUGAUCCAGCUCUUCGUCAAUCAUCCAGAUCGAUUCGAAUUUCACAAAGGGGGAAUUCAGAAGAUUUUGGACUAUUUGGAGAAGGAAGAGUAUCCGGAUGCGGUGAAAACGUUUGGAGAUUUGAAGUAUAUGGAGGAGAUGCUGGAGGCCGAGAAGAAGGAACAAGAAGAAAAGGAAAUCGAAGAGAAGGCAAAGGCCGUCAAGGCAGAAGGGCACAAGGAAGAAGCUAAGGAAUCGAAAGAGUUGAUUCCAAAACUUUAA